AUGAGCACACAGAGCAACGUGUUUUCGGCGCUGCAGCCAGAGAAGCGCAAGAAAAAGACGGCUGAGCCGCAGCAAAACAAGAUGUUCGCCAGUUUCGUAAACAACCCGUCGACGUCCGCUUGGGGCGACGAUAGCGACGACGAGAUGCAUGCACCGGACGCCCCCAAACCUGCCGCACCUGCAGCCCCCAAGAAAGAGGCCGCUCCUGUCCGUACGCUGUCCAAGAAGGAGAAGAAGGAGCUGGAGAUGAAGGAAUUCGAGUCCGCACUUGCCGAUCUCGGCAUCAAGACGGACGACGCUCCCCAGCCCAAGAACGACGAUAAGAAGGAAGAGUCCAAGGCCGAAACGCCUUCCGCCGGUUCGUCGGACAAGAAAAAGAAAAAAAAGAAGGGCAAAAAGCCUGUCAAGGCCGAGCCUGAGACUGCAACUUCCGACGUGGUGGACAUCAAGGCUGUGAUGAAGUCCAAGGGCAAGAAGAAGAAAGCGGCCGAGCCCGCCGCUGUGAGAAUCGCUCGUGAAGAGAAAGCUAAAGCUAAAGCCAAGGGUAAGAAAGACAAGAGUAGCUUUAAUGAGUUCUCCAUCUAG